AUGUUAGAGUUGGCAGUUGUUUUUCAUUUUGAAAAUAUCAAUUUUUUUGAAAAAGCGGAAAUAGCUGUUAUGACUUUGUGGUUCCGAGGUGAGGUAUAUGACCGUCAACCAUUUAGUGAAGUUAUUCUGGACUUUCGACUUGUUAUUUUAUGGUUUCGAAAAGGAGAGAGUUGCGGUGAUAAAGACUUGGAAGAAGGAGAGCUUAGUUCUGAGAAUGAAGAAUUUGCAUUGCAAAGAUCGGCUUUACCUCAAAAGGCUUUUGGAGAAAAAUUCGGAGAUCUGGGGGGUCAUUUCUUCAAAGUCAGCAGCGAAGGGGGUCCCGCUGAAGGAGGUUCUAAGGAGUUCUUGACGUCAUUUAUAAAGGAAAUACCUUCUCCCGAAAUGGUCUUGGAAAUGGGAAGCAAUGAAUUGCGGAAGGCUGUCUGUGACAUUUGCUUUCUCAACAGGAUGCAGGAUCGUAUUUUUGACGAAAACGAGCUAGCAAUAAGGAAGCUUAACAAAAUGCGUGAUAACGAGCGGGACUUGAUUAAUAGUUUGUUAGAGCUGCUUUUGGGAAUAAUCGAGUCUUCUAUAGCAAACUGUGAUAUGAGGAGUUUCGCAGGACUUGGGGAGUUUUUUCAACAGAAUGAGAGUUUGAAAAUGAAGUAUGAUGCAAUAAUGCUAAAGGUUGGGCAGACGGACAGGACUUUAUCUCCAAAUAUGCUGAGUCCCGAUGGUGCUAUUGGAACUGCAGCUUUACCUAUCCCAUCGUCUUUGAACGUGAAUAACAUUAUUUGUCCUCCUCCGCCUUCUUUGCCACAUAUGAUGUGUUUUCCCCCCCCUACAAUCUUGAAAAAAUUUGCCCCUCUUCCAUUACCCCAAAUUCAUCAUUUACCAAUCGGAAUUCUUCCAGAUUUCUCUCAGCCUCCACCACCAAUUUUAAAGCAAAAAGACGGUCAUUUCCCUGUUAAGUGCACAGAAGGAGCAAAGACUGUUAUUAAGCAGAUGUCAACAAAUGCUCUUCCAGCGUGCUCUGUUCCUCAGUCUCACGUGGUUUGCUCUGCUCUUAAUGUUGCUCGAAUUGAGAAUAUGAGACCAGACAAAAUACAGGUUCCGACGUUCGAUCGUCCUCCUCCGAAACGAUGUGGGCUAUAUGCACAACGUCACAGUGAACAUUUCAACUCGAAUUUCCACCCCUUUCGUAGUCAGCGAAAGCCUCGUUUUGCGAGAGUGCAGAUUUGUACACCAGAUCGUAGGCUCGUUUUUACGGAGUCAAAUGGUGUGUAUUACCACGCAAAGGAUUGUACUGUUGGUGACAUAUGCCUUGGUGGUUCGUCGUCUUCAGCACCUUACAAAGUUUCUUUGAGGAGAGGAAGACGUCGUUGA